AUGCAAAGAGGUGGUGGUGGUGGUAUUGAUUUAGGUUGGGUAGGGGCAGUGGUUGAAGGUGGCAGAGGUUGGGAGCUCAAGGUUGUGAGCACGGUUGAGUUCCGGUCCUCUUAUUGCUUAUUGUGCGCCUGCUUUCAAGUUCCAAGACCACAUCUUUCAUUUGAAGCACAACUUGUUGCAGGGAAAUCUCAUGAUUUUGGUCCCAUAAGCUGCCCUGACCAUUCUGAUCCUCCUACUGCACUAUCUGGGAUUGCCUUUGGCAGACAAAAGCAUGAAGCUGAGUCAAAAUAUCCUCAAAGGAUACGGAGGCUUAAUAUAUUUCCUUCUAGUAAAUAUGAGGUACUUUACUGA